GGAGAAGGCCAGGGCGCGUGACUCUCUCCCGCUUUCCCGUCCCAGCCAUCGAACCGCCAAUCAUCCCAAUUUUCCAGCAGUCCACCUUUUCUUUCCCCUUAAUUUCCGUAAAAAAAAAGUACCAACGCAUUUCUGUCGCUAAAAUCGACGAGAAGAGAACUAGAUGAAGACGUCGGCGAUCUGUGUGUGCGUCCUGGCGCUGGCCAUAUGCUACGUUUUCGGCGUCGCCCGAGCUGCCCCGGUGAACAAAGAUGCUGAAGCCAAGGAUGAACUAGUGAAAGAAGAAGACCAGCAGGUCCCCCAAAACGGCGAAACCGCAUCCACAGAGACCGAGCCUGGCAGUGAAGAAGAUGAUGCAGGAAACGGUGAAGAUGAUGACGACGACACACAGACAGAAACUGACAAGGAAGAAGACGACGAGGAAGAAACCGAGAAAAGAAUGGUACAAGACCAGGGCAACGAUGCCAAGAUGGCGUCUCUACAGUCUACAAACCAGCUCCCUUCCCUGGACUACGGCAUGGGUGCCGAGAAUGAGGUGCUGAAGCCUGGACAGAUGACCGACUACCUAUACAAAGAUGACCCUUACGGCGAGUUCGACAUUGCCUCUAGCCCGGAGAAGCUGGUUCACAGUAUCGCCAUGCGCAUUUAUGUGGACAACGACGUGACAGACUUUGAGAGUGUCAUGAACAAGCUGCUGACCUAUGGAGUGGUGUCACCAUGGACUCCUCGCUAA